CCAGUAUGGCGGAGUGUGUGCGUGAGCGGCGCUUCUCGCUGGCGCUCUCGGAGCGGGACUAAACACACAGCGCGGCGAGGAAGAGCGGAGCGGCCGCCCUGCCCUGCACUGAGUUUCCUAGUAAGUGAAGACAAACAGACGGAUCUGCAAGACUGGAUUAGCCCUCAGCCACGGUGGGCGCUAUGGACAUUUGAGACUUCUGUAUCUCCACCCCUUUCCCUCACUCGUCCAGUGGGAACAGUGACCAGUGGAUGGUGUUCUUCCCAUUCAGCGAGCAGUGAGGUUCCCUCCUCGCCCUCAUCUGCCUGGACACGAGCACUUCCCCUCCAGACCCCUCCUCUAUCUCUCCUCUUUCCUCACACAGUGGCCUGAGAGAGAGAAAAUCAGCAGAAAUGAGUUCUCACAGUCACCCAGAUGGCCUUCCAUGCAAAGAGCAGCCGCUGGAGCUUCUGAAGCCAUCUGGACUCAACCACAUUCCCACUGUUGAUGUGAGUGCAGCUCUGCCCAUUCCCGUGCCUCCGGCUGCCAUCCCGAUGGACCUGCGUGUGGAUCAGCAGCAGCACAUGUCGAGGGCAUCAGUGGAUACUGGUCAAUGUGAGCAGCAGCUGCAGCAAGAGCUUCUGGCCCUCAAACAGAAGCAGCAGGUUCAGCGGCAGCUGCUGAUCGCAGAGUUCCAGAGGCAACACGAGCAACUCUCGCGCCAGCAUGAGGCCCAGCUGCAGGAGCACAUCAAGCACCAGCAGGAGCUCCUGGCUCUAAAGCAUCAGCAGGAGCUGCUGGAGCACCAGAGGAAGUUGGAGCGGCACCGUCGUGAGCAGGAGCUGGAAAAGCAGCAGCGCGAGCAGAAGCUACAGCAGCUUAAGAACAAGGAGCGCGGCCAGGAGAGUGCAGUGGCCAGUACGGAGGUGAAGAUGCGUCUGCAGGAAUUCGUUCUGAAUAAGAAGAAAGCGCUGGCCCAGAGGAGCCUCAACCACUGCAUGCCCAGUGACCCUCGCUACUGGUACGGGAAAACCCAGCACAGUUCACUGGACCAGAGUUCUCCCCCUCAGACAGGGAUUUCCACCUAUAACCACCCAGUGCUGGGUCUCUACGACUCCAAAAAUGACUUCCCACUCCGCAAGACAGCUUCUGAGCCAAACUUGAAGCUGCGCUCCAGACUGAAGCAGAAGGUGACGGAGCGGAGGAGCAGCCCACUGCUGCGGAGGAGGGACGGCCCCAUCGCCACAGCCAAGAAACGCUCACUAGACAUGGCAGAAUCAGCCUGUAACAGUGCCCCUGGGUCAGGUCCAAGCUCACCCAACAACAGCUCCAAUAACAUCACUAACGAGAAUGGCAUCACUGGCUCCAUCUCCAACAGCUCAGUGGAGCCAUCUUUGGCACACCGGCUAGCUGGCAGAGAGGGCCCUAUUAGCCAGCUGUCUCUGUACACAUCACCCUCCCUCCCCAACAUCACCCUGGGUCUGCCAGCAACCGGCUCCUCCAGCGUGGCCUCUAGUCAGCAGGAAGGUGAGCGGCUGGCGAUGGCAGGCCUGCAGCAUGGAUUACCCAUAACCACUCCUUUUAUCACUGGAGCCCACCUUCCUUCAUACCUGGCCACCUCCGCAUUAGAUCGGGAGGGAGGCUCCACCCACAACCCCCUGCUGCAGCACAUGGCCCUGCUGGAGCAGUCGGCCUCCCAGAAUCCUCUGUCAGGUCUGAGUGCUUUGCCCCUACAGUCCCCCUCCAUCCAUAAGCUGCGUCAGCACAGGCCACUGGGCCGGACGCAGUCAGCGCCACUGCCUCAGAAUGCCCAGGCCCUGCAGCAGCUCGUGGUCCAGCAGCAGCACCAGCAGUUCCUGGAGAAACACAAACAGCAGUUCCAGCAGCAGCAGCUUCAUAUGAGCAAGAUGAUGGCUAAGCCCAGUGAACCAAGCCGGCAGCAUGAGAGUCACCCGGAAGAGACGGAGGAGGAGCUGAGAGAGCACCAGGCCAUAAUUGACCCGGCCGAGGGUCUGCCCCGAGGGGUCACCAUCAAACAAGAGCCACCUGACGAACUGGAGGAGGAGCUACAGCAGAGAGAGAGGCAGGCUGAGCAAGAGCUGCUCUUCAGACAGCAGGCUCUCCUGUUGGAGCAACAAAGGAUCCAUCAGCUGAGAAACUAUCAGGCAUCGAUGGAAGCUGCUGGCCUGUCUGUAACAUUCCCUGGACAUCGCCCCCUGUCCAGAGCACAGUCAUCCCCGGCCUCGGCCACUUUCCCUAUCGUGGUGCAAGAACCGCCAGCUAAACCACGGUUUACCACUGGGCUGGUAUAUGACACUCUAAUGCAGAAGCACCAGUGUAUGUGUGGUAACACCAACACCCACCCGGAGCACGCAGGCCGCAUCCAGAGCAUCUGGUCCAGACUGCAGGAGACCGGACUGCGCGGCAAGUGUGAGUGUAUCCGGGGCAGAAAGGCCACAUUGGAGGAGCUGCAGACGGUCCACUCUGAAGCCCAUGUAUUGCUCUACGGAACCAACCCACUGAGACAGAAACUAGACAGCUCUGUGACACCCAUGUUUGUGAGGUUACCCUGUGGUGGUAUUGGGGUGGACAGUGACACUAUCUGGAAUGAGGUCCACUCGUCCAGUGCAGCUCGCCUGGCCGUUGGAUCUGUGGUGGAACUGGUGUUUAAAGUGGCGUCCGGAGAGCUAAAGAACGGCUUUGCUGUAGUGCGGCCUCCAGGACACCAUGCUGAGGAGAGCACCCCCAUGGGCUUCUGCUAUUUCAACUCUGUGGCCAUUGCAGCCAAGCUUCUCCAGCAGCGACUGAAUGUCAGCAAGAUCCUCAUAGUGGACUGGGAUGUUCACCAUGGAAACGGGACCCAACAGGCUUUCUACAGCGACCCCAACAUCUUAUACCUUUCUCUUCAUCGCUAUGAUGACGGCAACUUCUUCCCUGGCAGUGGAGCUCCUGAUGAGGUGGGCUCGGGAUCUGGCUUGGGCUUCAAUGUGAACAUGGCCUUCACCGGUGGCCUGGAUCCUCCCAUGGGUGACGCAGAGUAUCUGGCAGCCUUCAGGACGGUGGUGAUGCCUAUCGCUAAUGAGUUUGCUCCGGACGUGGUGUUGGUUUCAUCUGGAUUUGAUGCUGUGGAGGGCCAUCCGCCACCGCUGGGGGGAUACAAACUCACGGCCAAGUGUUUUGGCUACCUGACCAAGCAGCUGAUGGGUCUGGCCGGCGGCCGCCUGGUGCUCGCCCUGGAGGGGGGUCACGACCUCACUGCCAUUUGCGAUGCAUCUGAAGCAUGUGUUUCUGCUUUGCUAGGAAACGAGCUGGAGCCACUUUCUGAUGAGGUUCUGCAGCAGAGACCGAGUCUCAAUGCUGUACGCUCCAUAGAGAAGGUUAUUGAAGCCCAUAGUAAGUACUGGCGCUGUCUGCAGCGCAGUGCCUCAACGCUGGCCUACUCUCUUGUUGAAGCUCAGAAGUGUGAGACAGAGGAGGCCGAAACUGUGACUGCCAUGGCCUCUCUGUCUGUAGCUGCCAAACACAUGGGGAAGAGGUCUGAAGAGGAGCCGAUGGAAGAGGAGCCACCAUUGUAGAAACAGUCGUCCGAUAACCUCGAUGACCUUGGCUCACAGCCUCUCACUGGUGUGUGACCUCACUCUGCCCUCUCCAUCCGUUUCAUCCGUUUUGGCUGCGCCUGGCUCCACAGCCUCGCAGCUCCACCCGCGGGGCUCUGAGCGCGUUUUCAGCUUGGGAAGCGAAACGGACCGAAGACAUCUCCAAAACACUCAGAGUGCACCAGUCUGGAACACCUCCGCCGUUUUUAGUCUGUCUUUGUUCAGCUUGGGGUACAUCCAGGUCUCCUGCUUGUCUGUCCUUCAUGGACACAUGCUUUCGAACAGGACAUGGACUCCACUGGUGGAUGUGAGAGCUGGUGCUUUAAAAAAAAAAAAAAAAAAAAAAAACACAAAAAAAAAACAAAAAAAAAAAACAAACCUCUUCUUUUCAUGGCCACUAACGUCUGCAUGGUUCCAGCUGUGGACUUCGUCAUGGCUGUGUCCUUUUUUUUCUGGUUUUAUUUUUUUGUCUCUUCAUUUGUUUGUUUGUUUGUUUUGUCUUUUAUUGAGGGGAGGAAAAAGUGACUGAUGCUGUUUCAUUCCGAAUGGCGACGAUUUGGAAAGUUACUGCUACGUGCUUGCGAGGUAGUUGAGGACGGAGGCAUGGACAGCAUGGGUGUGAGGGAGUGAGUGAGGGAAUUUUUGGAAGACGUGUGGAAGAUGGCUAGUGAAGCAGCCCUUCUGGAACCCCUCUAACACACAUGAGAGAGAGAGAGACACCGAGAGAUUGUGCCUUUUUUUUUUAAGAGCUGGUGGAUUAGUGAUGACUUGAGAAGAACAUUGCCUUAAACUCGUUACAUAAGGGGAAAGCCAUCGGGUCCCUCUGCCCCCCUCCUUCUUUUUUCCGGGAGUGGAAUGGCUGAAGGCCCGAAGGACAGAAAGCCCUUUGCAUGUUUACCAGGAAUGCCCUGCAGACUUCUGUGUGUCUCGCACACAUUAUCAUCAUUUUAUUGUCAUUUUUUAAUUUUGUUUUUCCUAUUCAGUUUUUUCUAUACUUGCUUUGCAUAACUUCAGGAUCUUUCGCUUAUAAAUAACUUGUAAGGUAGUUGCCAGCUGUACACAGGCAAACAUUGUUGGAGCAGUUUUCAGUUGAAUUCUGCAGUGCUUUUGGGAGCAAGUGCAGGCCAAUGUAGCUUCUUGUUCAAACUCUAUGACCAAAUCUCCAUUAUCGCCUCCGUUAGCUAGCAUGCACUGUUACUCGACACCUUUCCUUGGACCAGUUUGAAUGCUGUAGUAGUAGAAGUCAUAAAAAUAAACACUGAAAGCAUGAGACUUAACCAGUAGUUCGGUGCCACUAGCCACAGGCAUAUAAGGUAGGACCGUUCAGAUGUUUUCUUGUUGCAGAACUUUGUGAUUGAGUAAUUGAACUAUUUAUGUAUUUUCAUGUAUAUCUCGCCUCACUUGUUAGACUUUUUUGUAGUUAUGAAUGUCAGUGCUCAGAUUAAAUGACUAUUAAGGGCACUAGUUAAUCACCAGUAAUAUCCUUCUUGGCAUAUGGUCAGUUUUUUGUUUUUUUUUUGUUUUUUUGGCAUCUUUGAAAUAUGAAGACAAGGGCUGGAAAUCAGUUAUAAAAUAUACCAUUGAGCCUUCUGAUGUGCCAGCAGGUGAGAUUCAGUGCUGGUGUUCAGCUUCAUGUUUCCUGCCAUUGAGUCCCUGCACUAUCAGCACUGCAGUGGACCGUUUUUUCACUACUGGCAGGUGCUACUGUCUCUGUGUGCGUGCAUUUUUGUGUGUUUUUGAUUGACUGCUUGUGUGUGUGCGCGUGUCAGUCCAGGAAAUAAUCGGACCACCAGCCUGAACCUAGACAAUAAUGGCAAAAACCUCCCCGAGAAGUCUGUGAUACUCCACUGAUCUGCACGAGUCUCUCUAGCUGAGCACGUAGGUUUCAGAGCAGCACAUGUAUGCAUCUUAAUGACCCGUUAACCUGUUUAUACACAAGCAUGCUCGCUGAUGGCAUCAUUCACUUUGACACUGAUCUGAUGUAAACUGAUCUUAGAUGGUCUUACUUGUUUGAAAACCCCAACUCAUGUUCAGCCUCUUGGCAACUACCUUUGACAUUGUUGACAUGAACUUUUGAUUAUUUCUUGUAUAUUACCAUAAGUGAGAUGGGAGAAGUGCAUAUUAAGGAAUUGGGCAUGAGUUGCUGUUGCGAUUGUUCUUACUUUUCUGGUAUACCCAUGCCUCACAUGACUACUCCAUUCUGAGUUAUUUGCCAGUUAUUUUCCUGUCUGUACUUUCCUUAUUUUCACCUUUUGUCUUGAACUUUUUAUACUGAUUUUUUCUGUUUUUGAUUUUGGUCGUUUCCCUGUUACACUCUGUACAGUUGACAAUGUUGUUUUACAUGCUUAAAGUUCUUAAGACCAUAGUUCUUCUCUUAGAGAGCAGCCUUUUACACACACUCUGGGGUUCUGUGGUUUUCUUGGGAGGGUGAAAUUGAGAUGUUUCUACUUUGUAUAAUGAUUCCAACAAUUGUGUAUUUACUAUAUGUUCUGUUCAUAGUAGAUUUAUAUAUGAGAAAAAAAUCUAUAGAUAUAUAUUAUAAAAGAUUACAAUCACGUUUGAAAAAACUUUGGAAGUGCAAGGUGAUGAAAUGCUCAUAUAUCCGCUCUGGCUGUGUCUAGCGCAGGGCUCUCUGAAGACUCUGUUCUCUCCUCAUGGCUGCCAUUGGUUUAGAGCCGCAAACUGUAGCACUACACUGGUUCUGAAAUCACAUGCUCACCAGGCACUUCAUCGUAUAGUCGUAACAGCAGGCAAACCUACUGAAAACACAACUUUACCGGCUUGCUCAGUGACUGUGCUGGCAGGCAAGUUUGUUAGAAGAGACCAAAAAAUGGAUUGACAUGGUCAGUUGUCAAUUUGAGAUGUCCAAAUUUUCAUAUGAGUGCCAGUUGCAAGUGGUGGCUGCCUUUCCCCUCUACGGAGCCGAAUGUAGACCAAGUUGGCACUUUUAAAAGCGUUUAUUAACAUUGUCAUACUGUAGCAUAUUAAAACUAUUACUGAAGCACCUUGAGCUGCAUUUGUAUGUGUGGAAGGUGCUAUAAUAAGAAACAUUGUCAUUAUUAGUAUGAUUUUUUUUUUAUCAUUGUCUAUUAUUAUGAAGAAACACACAGUAGUUAUCAAAUUUCCGUCAUGCUACUGAAUGAUGGGUGGAAAUAAAUGUACAUUUUGGUAAAUCCAAGCAUUUUUCAGUGAUGGAAAGUGUUGCUGAAGCAUUGCUCAGUGUCCUCAGUGUUAUGGAGAAGAGGCCAUAGUGGUAACAGUGCAGCGACUGACUUGCCAACCAGAACUCACAGAUCACUUUGCAAUAACAGUCUGAACAAUGGCAGCCUGUUUCUCACUUUCUUUCUUUCUUAAAGGGACUUCUCUAUCUGGUUUAUCCACCCAGGGUUCAGAUAGACACUUUCAUGUUUAAAAAAAAAAAAAAAAGAAAAGAAACAAAAAAAAGGCAAACAUUCAAUUUAUUUUGAUCUUAUUCCCAUUUAUUUGAACAUCUGUCAUUCCUGCUAAUUUGUCAUUAAGCCCAGGCCUAGCUCUGUUUAUUUGAAGGCCUGGGUGGAUUUUUUUUUCUGUACCGUUCUCUUUGCUCCACCCAUGUCGUUUUUUGCAUGUUUGUGUGUCGGCAUGCCUGUCUGUCCUUGUAACAUAUUUGCACAACCGAUGAGCACUGGAGGACGAGACUUUUCCAGCAUUGUAGAGCGCUCGGGAACGCGACUGCUUUCUCUUCUCUUCUGUGGUCAGGAAGCAGCGGAAAGAACGAUGCUCCUUGCGUCCGACAGAUGUGCUUUUUACUUGUAAAAAAAAAAGAAAUGAAAACAGAAAAGAGAAAAUGAUUUCAAAACAUUUGAAUAUUUUACAAAACAAAACAAAAAAACUAUAGCACUUGUGACCUACAGACAACAGAUUUUAUUGUAUUUAUGUAGAACAUUGUUUUAGGUGAACUACACACUACAUAUUAGACUGCCUGUGUGAUGUAUCUUUUUUUCUUCUUCCUUUGGAUGUAUUUUUGGGUUGAGUGGAGAGCAUCUGGAGUCAUCAAAGGGCUUUUUCCAGAUGUUUGACAGGUAUAUCAUCCUCAGCCUGUCCUUCCCUUUACAGCCAGUAAUAUAUCUAUGACCACUGUGGCUCGAGAGCAGGUCUAGGUUUACAGACGUAAGAAAUGCAUAUUAUUUUUGUCACUCUUUUUUAUUUUUGUUUUCCAUUGUUACAGUAGAACUUUUCUUGGGACCUUUAACAUUUGUCUUCGACAUCAACUAUAAAGUAUCUUGUUUUGGAAAACCGCAA